AUUUUGGCACAGUGCAUGAAACCAUAUAAUUCUACUAUAGCAAGUGCUUUUUAUUUAAAGCUAUUUGGACCAUGAUUUAGAUGUAUGGCUGUAGCUAUUAGUUUACUAGUGAUAUAAUAAUAGCACAAACUGUUUUUUUGUAAAUAAGACUACAUUGUAAAUGUAAAUGUACACUAAAAUCACCAAUCAAUAAAUAUCCCCAUUACCACUAUUUCUACUACGUCUAUGAAUGCUAAUGAUUCUAUGCAGUCAUAUAUAUAUAUAUAUAUAUAAACACUAAUACUACCAUACAUCUGUAGAGAUACCGUUGCAGUAGUGAGGCCAGUGUUUGCUGUUUGUGGACUUUAGAAGUAAAACAAAAACCUUUGGCCCUCUGACAAACACUUGUGGUCCCAGAGCAAAACACCACCCAUCUCUGCACUGUAGUACCAGGCUUAUGCUGCGCCACACUGACCACUAGCCAAGCAAUCCUGCUUUUGAUUGGCUCUCUUUUCCUCUCAGCCAAUCAGUGGUCCCAUGUCCAGCAGCAAUAGGUACUUUGUUAUUGCUCUGUAAAAUGAGUGGUUCAAUAAUUGCUAUGCAUUGAUAAUCACUGCUAUUGAAUCUUAAAUAUCAAAGUUACUGUGACAGGGUAGGAACCAUCAUUUCGGUCCAUGUUUCCCAGGGGACUAUAAUUGGUGUUGAACAUGUAAAUGUAUAAAAGCACCAUAGAGUCCUUUUCAUGUUAGAGCUUGGUAGUGGAACAGCCAUUGUUUGUAUAGGUGGUGUGAUGUCAAGUGUUAAUUCUGCUCUCUGUUGGGAUAUGGUGCUGUAUCUGGCUGUGCUCUUGCUGCUCUGCCUCUGUCAGCAGGGACUAACUGAUGAAACUGGUAUGGUAGUUCCUGAGGACCACUCCUGUGGAGAGCAGGUAUUCAGACAGGAGGCCUGGCGGUCAGUAGGCGGUGCAAUUGAGAGACUGGGCCGGCAGCUACUAGACAGCCUGCAGGCAGGGCUGGAGCAGCCCAACGUCAUCAUAUCACCCUUAAGUGUGGCCCUCGCACUGGCACAGCUCUCACUGGGAGCUCACAACGAGACCCAGAAGUUGCUGCUCAGUUCUCUACAUGCUCACACCGUACCCUGCUACCAUCACACCCUGGGCAGCCUGCUCCAACACCUCACCAACACUUCCCUACAGGUGGCCACACGCAUAUACCUGCGCCCAGAGUUUGAGGUGUACCAGUCCUUUAUUGCAGAAUCCCUGCGUCGGUACAGAUCAGAGCCUGCCCCCCUGAUCUCAGUGGAGGAGGUCAACCAAUGGGUGGAGGAGGCCACUAAAGGUCACAUGACCAAUUUCCUGCCCAGUAUUCCGCAUGAUAUGGUGCUAAUGCUUAUCAAUGCUGUGCAUUUCAAAGGUGAGUGGGAGGCUCGCUUCGACCCUCAGCUCACACAGAAGGGGGAAUUCUACCUGGACAACAAGAACUUUGUCCAUGUGGACAUGAUGCGCUCAGCCAAGUAUCCACUGAGCCUGUUAGAAGAUGGGGAGCUUGGAGCUCAGGUUGCACGUUUUCCGUUUAAGGGAAACACCAGCUUCCUAGUAGUGAUGCCGUUGCCAGGAAGAGGAAAUGUGUCAUCGCUGGUGGCCAAGCUGAACAUCUCGGACCUGUACAGGCGUCUACCUCAGGAGAGCACCAUGCAGGUCCAACUGCCAAAGUUCACCCUGCAGUACCGUCAAGAGCUACAGGAGGCGCUGUCCAGCAUGGGUUUGGGAUCUCUGUUCUCUGGUCCUGAUCUGUCCGGUAUCUCUGCGGUUCCUCUGCAGGUGUCCAGUGUGCGUCACGCUUGCAGGGUGGAGCUCAGUGAGGAAGGGGCCGACGCAUCUGCAGCCACCUCUGUUACCAUAAUGCGCUCUGUUCCCAUCUUCUUCGUAAACUCCCCCUUUCUGUUCGCCCUGGUAGACCAUGCCUCCCUUGCUCCCCUCUUCCUGGGCACUGUCACUAACCCUGCCCCUGACACCAGCCCAAUGCACAUUGACAGUCUUCUCGGUGAUGAUCCCCAUGGCAACAAUACCCAAAGUGACAGCACUAAUAGUAACAACGUACAGAGCGCCGGUCCCCAUAGCAGCAACAAUGUACUUUGACCAGCCAUAGUGAUAGAAUGCAGUGUGGCGCCCCUGCUGGAGUGAGGCAAUCAGCACCCCCUGAAUGAAGAGGGGAAACUCCAACACCCAAGUGGCAGGGCAAAGAUCCUGUGCCAACCACGCAUACAGUUUCUUCCUAAACCAACUUUGAUGCCCAGCCUGCCCCAACCCAUCUCUCACUUUUCUGCCCUGAACAAUACAGCCCAGCCAGUCACAUAUGGAUCCCAGCCCUCGUAUAGCAGUUCCCAGACCAAGAUCAACCCCAGCCCCUAUGCCUAAGACACCUGACUUUUCACAGUCCCUUCCCAGUGUAUGCCCCCUGAUUUAGGAGAGACCAUGGACCUGUCCCAUACUACUGUGUGGAUGAACACUCAAAUCUGUUGCUAUUUUUACACUUGGUUGUGCACUGUCUUACACUAUUUUUGCUUUGUCAUACUUUCUCAUUCUGAUUAUUCCCAACUCGGGUAUUGAUUAAAGAAAAGGGAUGAAGUCAAUGUCUUAGUAGUGGAUGUGAUCAUGUUACUGGAGUUUUGGAUUAAGAACUGAUUAUUUUAUUUUAAAUGGGCUUAUGCUAGGUCUUAUACCUCACAACUUAUCAUUUAAAUAGUCAGGAAUCAUUUUUUCCUGGUUGCUAAAAUUCUAAUAGUUCACUUAAUUUCAGUUUGACAAAACGAGCAAGUAUAGUGCAGAUAAUCAUUGUACCAUCUAAACCAGUGUGAAAUAUAUUUUCCAGAACCAAAAAUAUUGAUAUUAGCUGUUUGGUGCUGGCUGUUGUGGAAAAUUGUCUUCAGAAUAUAAUACUCGUACAAGAACUUAUGAAUUCAAUAUAGGCUUCAAUACAAAGUAGCAAAAGCUGAGGUGGUCCUGAACAUCUAACUUCCCUGAGCAUUGGCUCUGCUUUUAGCCACAUACAGCAUAUGGGUACAUCCCCUUAGUUAAUGCAAUUACUCCUCUUAGCCCUUCAGCCACCAUUAUCUUCCAACCCGAGUUUCUUGCUUGCCUACGCCUGAUAACGCACACAUCUGUUCCGGUUUUGGAUCAAAAUGGUUGCAGAACCCCCUAGCGUAUACAACAAAUAAUACAUUUAUUGCAUAAGCGUUUCACAUGGUCGUCAAUUUGCUACCAUCCUUCUCCUGCUUUCUCCUGACAUUAGUAUGUUAGAAGACGGAAAUGUAAUUAUGUUCUCAGCUAAUGCAAUCUUUAGCAUGACAUCCUACAUAGAGAUGGUAAUUGUAUUACAUGCCCCUACCUCUCUAUCCGGUCAAUGUACUUAUUGUCUACAUUAGUGGCUCAGCAUAUCCGCUGCCCCUAGUUACAUUACAUUAACUCCCACAUAAAAAGCAAAAAGAUAUCAACCAUAUACACACAAAUAAACUGGACCAAACAUCAAUAAAACAGUAAAAGAUCCAAUCUGUACAAAUACAAAGUAAAAUCAAACUGAAAAUACAAUGUAAAAGCAUUAGCAUGUAAUACAUAGCCUUGCCUGAGGUUCUCAGUUAUUUAAAACAAAGAAAAUAAGAAAACCCUUGUCAUUCUCAAUAUGACACUUAAACAAGAUCCUUCCUUACAGACACCUCUGUAACAACAGUGAAAUCACAAAUGAAAACACCUGUUUAAGGACAUGGUCCAUGGACACUUGUAACUGGAAUUUCCCCAUUUUAACCACAAGUUUAAGUAAACAAAAUUCAGAAGUUCUAACUUAAUUUAUCCCUUGUCAAAGGUAGAAAGGAAAUAGACAAUACACUCCAUAGUAAAUUAUUACCAGGUUAUACAUAUUGUAUCAGUCCAGCUUUCAAUCAAGCACAUAAUCGGGUGCUUUACUAAAACAGGAAACCCUUGAACACCAUAAUCAUUGCAAUCAUGUCCUCCUCCUGGAGUAACCCCAUUUACUUAAAGCUAAAUCCAACCAGUCCCAACCAUGGGUUCAUUGUCCUUAACCUCUUGUCACAAUCCCUUCAGUUUAGUCAUAGCUAAAGGAAAAGUUCCAUCUAGUACAUUGUUAUUAUUAGGUGUUAUCCAAAUAAAUAUUGAUUUAAACCCUGA